AUGGUGUUGCUUUAGCACCAAGAGUUUUCGUUUUUCAAGCAUUUGAGCUUUCAAUUUAUUUGAGUUCUUCCAAAUCUCUUAAAGAAAUCAGAAACCAAAGAUGGCUGACAAUACCAAUAAGAUGAGCUUCCAAGCUGGCGAGGCCAAGGGCCAAGCUGAGGAGAAGGCCAGUACCUUGGUGAACAAAGCUGGUAAUGCUGCUCAAUCUGCAAAGGAAGCAGUCGUAGGGGAGAAGACCAGUCCUACCAUGAUGGACAAAGCUGGUACUGCUGCUCAAUAUGCAAAGGAAUCAGUGCAAGGGGCUGGUCAACAGGUGAUGUCUACGGCACAGGGAGCUGUUGAAGGAAUUAAGAAGGCAACUGGCAUGAACAAAUGAAUUAGCUGAAUGGAGCAAAUUAGAAAUUAAAUUCAAUGUUCAUCUAUUGUUGUGUUUCUGUCAUUUCCUUUUGCAUAAACAAGAGAUCUCUCUCUGUAGCUCUCCCGUGAUCGAUGUUUGCAGGCAGAUGUUUGCCCUAAUUAGUGAAAUGUACUUGCAGUUUCGUACUUGUUUAAAGAUCUUCUGGCUAGGUUUAUGAGAGCCCAACAUUGUUUCA